AUGCAGAAAACAUACUGGAACGGAACGUACUGGCCGACCACAAUACAGUGGAUAGGCGCGUUCAUAGAUACGCUUCUCAUAGCUUCUGAGCGCUCGUUGACUGGGGCUCUCGAAGAGUAUGACGGUAACGUCCAAGGUGCAAAGACGGGCGGUUCCUCAAUCAACGCAGAUAUCCUGAGCUACUACUCGGAAGUCGAAGCAUACUACGGCGACGAGGACGUGGUCCAGAUAUUCGGAGCGGCGUACGAUGAUGCUCAGUGGGUUGUCCUUGAGUGGCUGGAAGCUAUCAGAUUCAUCAACAAGUACGAUUCGCAUGCCAAGUCGACUCUUGGACAGAGUGACAUUGCCCGCUUCGCCCACCGUGCGCACAUCUUCUACAACAUCGUGCAGAACCAGUUCGACACGUCUCUAUGCGGAGGCGGAAUAACCUGGAAUCCUGCAUUGGCGCCGUACAAGAAUGCCAUUACCAAUGAGCUUUUCCUCGCAAGCUCUAUUGGUAUGUAUCUAUACUAUCCUGGCGACGACAAUAGCAAUCCCUAUCCAAGCCCUAGUUAUACCAACGCCACUAAUGCCACGCUUCCCGCCCUUCCGACACUUGCGGCACAUGACCCGCUACUGCUCAGCAAUGCGCAGAAGGAAUAUCAGUGGUUCAAGACCCAGAAUUUCACCAACGCGCAAGGCCUGGUGGUUGAUGGUUUCCACGUCUCUGAUAACCAGACCACAUGCGAUGAGCGUAAUGAGAUGGUGUACACGUACAACCAAGGCGUCAUUCUCUCAGGACUGCGAGGGCUAUGGGAAGCCACGGGCGAUGCGAUGUACCUGUCAGACGGCUAUGUGCUUGUAAGCACUGUCAUCAACGCCACAGGCUGGAACGCGCACUCUCCAUUGGAAGCUGGCGUAUGGGCGGGCUUGGGAAGGAACGGCAUCAUGGAGGACUACUGUGACGCUCCCGCCAACUGCACGCAGGAUGCUCAGGCGUUCAAGGGCAUCUACUUCCAUCACCUUGACCUGUUCUGCGAACCACUCCCAACAACCAAACCAUUGGUUGCGGGUGUAACUAAGCUUGCUCCAUCUUCGCUCGCGAAUCAACACACCAGCAACUGCGCGGGUUAUCUAUCCUGGAUCGAACACAACGCGAAUGCAGCACUGUCAACACGUAACUCGUCCGGCAUGAUAGGCGGAUGGUGGGGCGCAAGCUACGUCAACAGGACGCAAGCACCGUCAUUGGACCAUGCGGUGCCGCCGCCGUGGGGAAGUGACGACGAGUGGAACCAGCCAUGGCUUCUGCAACAGUCACCUUGGGCUUGUCGUGGCCAGCAUGGCUGCCAGCCGAACGGGCGUGGUUCGCACAGCGGCAAUUCGAAGCGUAUGGCGCGGCCGUUCCGUUCGCGAAAAAGACAGGAUGCGAAUGCUGAAGGUAGAGGUAGGACUGUUGAGACAGAAGCUAGCGGUUUGAGUGUGGUGAAGGCUGCCAGCGAUUUCAGCGUCAACCGCGAGGCGACAUGA